GUUUGUAUCCAUUGAGUAGCUGCUUCUCGCUGGGCUGCGCGGAUUUGAUUGAAAAGCGACAUUGAUCAAAUAAAGGAGUCGAUAAUCCGGGCAAGAGGGUGGCGGUGCGCGCUGUAAACAACACACAGGCAAAGCUUGUGACAGCACCAAGCCGUCUUGCAACAGUCAUUGAAAGCUCUAAUUGGAUUCCCAUUCGCUGGAGGGAAGGCGCCCAUUGCUCAGGCACUCGAGCCUCCUUCAUUCAGCCCUCCCAUUGACAAAAAGCAGCCGUGUGCAGGAGCUGGUGCAGCCAGGCCCGGGGGCUUCUCCCUUCUCUGCAGUCGUUGCCUUUUAUCUCCCUAAUGAUAGAUAAGUUCAGACCCGCGCAUUUCGCUUCCGAGAUGGCGGUCAGCAAGUCCGUGGCCUGGCUCAGCGAGCAGCUGGAGCUGGGCAAUGACCGGCUGCUGCUUAUGGACUGCAGGACGCAGGAGCUGUACGAGUCGUCUCACAUCGAGGCGGCUAUCAACGUGGCCAUCCCGGGCAUCAUGCUGCGGAGGCUGAAGAAAGGGAACUUGCCCAUCCGGUCCCUGUUCGCUAAUGGUGCGGACCGGGAGAAGUUUGCUAGCAGGUGCGGGACGGACACGGUCAUCUUGUACGACGAAAACAGCUGCGAGUGGAACGAGAACACCGGCGGGGAAUCCGUCCUGGGGCUGCUCAUGAAGAGACUCAAGGACGAGGGCUGCAAGGCGUUUUACCUGGAGGGUGGUUUUAACAAGUUCCAGGCUGACUAUGCCAUGCAUUGUGAAACAAAUCUGGAUAGCUCUUGCAGUAGUAGUUCACCACCAGUGUUGGGUUUAGGAGGUCUACGGAUCAGCUCUGAUUCUUCUUCCGAUAUCGAAUCUGACAUCGAUAGAGACCCGAAUAGUGCUACAGAUUCGGAGGGCAGCCCCCUUUCCAAUACUCAACCUUCAUUCCCCGUUGAAAUUCUGCCAUACCUGUACCUAGGCUGUGCCAAGGAUUCUACAAACUUGGAUGUUUUGGAAGAGUUUGGUAUUAAGUAUAUCCUUAAUGUGACCCCAAACUUGCCAAAUCUUUUUGAAAAUGCUGGGGAGUUUAGGUACAAGCAGAUUCCUAUCUCAGACCAUUGGAGCCAAAACCUUUCUCAGUUUUUUCCUGAGGCCAUUUCAUUUAUUGAUGAAGCUCGGGGUAAAAGCUGUGGUGUAUUGGUACACUGUUUAGCUGGAAUAAGCCGAUCGGUCACAGUCACCGUUGCCUAUCUCAUGCAGAAGCUAAAUCUGUCUAUGAAUGAUGCCUAUGAUAUUGUCAAGAUGAAGAAAUCCAACAUCUCACCAAACUUCAAUUUCAUGGGUCAGCUGCUGGAUUUUGAGAGGACACUGGGACUUAGCAGUCCAUGUGACAAUCGGGUUCCUACCCAGCAGUUGUAUUUUACGACUCCAGGCAACCAAAAUGUCUUUCAGGUAGAUUCUUUGCAGUCCACGUGAAAUGUAUACCGACAUCUGUGUUGGUGACCAUUCCUAUAAAGAAAAAGUUUUUUUUCUUUAGAGCUGUCAAAAAGUCUUUGACAGACAAAUGUGAUUGGUUCAAGAAAGUCCACUAAUGUUGAGGUGCAAUGGGAAGGAAACCAUUAAAACUGUCCAAUAUGACUGGUGGUGAAGCUCUGAUGCCUUGAGAAUAUUAGGCAAGCCCUGGUGCACUGCCUAAGUAAUGUGGUGGCUUAUGGAGUUAUACAAAUGCAGUGCUGGACUAUACAAAUGCGGUGCUGGACCUAAAACUUAAUGACAAAUCCUGAAACAUUUGGAAAAAUGAUAAUGUAUAUUGUUUGCUGUCUUCUGUGAAGACUGGUUCUCUCCAAAGGAGCCAAAGAAAUACAUUUCAAUGUCUAAAGCAUUUUUUUUUUUUUUUUUUUAUAUAUGUAGCAUUUUUCCUUUCAAAAAUAAUAGAGGGGGUCAAUUACAAUCUAGUUCAAAACAAUUGUAGCAUAGUACUUAAUGUAUUAUAAUAUGGGGGAGUGUACUUUAAUGCACAAAAGUACAGUUGUAAUUUUCACAUUUAAUCUGUUUUUUGUUGCUUGGGCUUUUGUGAACAUAUUAGUGGAUUUAUAUUUUUAACACAGGUUACUUGCUCAAACUUAUUUCUUAAUGUGAAUUACCUCCUUUUUAUAUAUAUAUAUAUAUAUAUAUAUAUAUAUAUAUAUAUAUAUAUAUAUAUAUAAUCUCCUCACCUCAAAUGCCAUGGUAUGUCUGUAUUUUCCAACUGUAUAAACUGGAAGUGUUUGUUCCGGUGUCUUGCAAAGCUUAGUUUGCACAUUGAUUGCCAAUAAGGGAGACACAUUAUACUCCCCAAUGUCCACGGAGUAAAGUUUAAGAUGAAAUUUAUUAUAGACUUGUAAAUCUUUAAAUUAUUAAUAAAUUCCUAUUUUUGUUUAUUGA